UGCAGGCAAGGAGGACGCGGUGGUGGGACAGGGAUCUGCUGUAGCUCGGGCGGCGCCUCCCUGCGGCGGCCCGGCCCGGCUCCGGCCCUGCCGGGGCGAUGCUCCCCGAGGCCGCGGGAUGAGCCAGUGACUCGGCUGGCCUGGGCAUGGCAGACCCCGUGGUGGGCAUCGCGGGCUCGGCAGCCAAGAGCGUGCGGCCGUUCCGCUCAAGUGAGGCCUAUGUGGAGGCCAUGAAGGAGGACCUGGCCGAGUGGCUCAACGCCUUGUACGGCCUGGGUCUGCCCAGCGGUGGCGAUGGCUUCCUGACGGGGCUGGCCACGGGCACCACCCUGUGCCAGCAUGCCAAUGCCGUCACCGAGGCCGCCCGCGCGAUGGCCGCCGCCCACCCAGCCCGUGGGGUGGCCUUCCAGGCACACAGCGUGGCACCCGGCUCCUUCAUGGCCCGAGACAAUGUGGCCACCUUCAUCGGCUGGUGCCGCGCAGAGCUGGGUGUGCCCGAAGUGCUCAUGUUCGAGACCGAGGACUUGGUGCUGCGAAAGAACGAGAAAAGCGUGGUGUUGUGCCUGCUGGAGGUGGCGCGGCGCGGGGCCCGCCUCGGCCUGCUGGCCCCUCGCCUUGUGCAGUUCGAACAGGAGAUUGAGCAGGAGCUGCGCGCCGCGCCCCCGGCCCCCAACGCCCCCAGUGCCGGGGAGGACGCUGCCACCGCCGCUGCUGCUGCUGCCGAGAUCGCCACCGCCCCGGGGGCUCCCGCCCGCGGGCCCCGCAUGACACCCAGCGACCUGCGCAACCUUGACGAGCUGGUGAGAGAGAUCUUGGGGCGCUGCACCUGCCCAGACCAGUUUCCCAUGAUCAAAGUCUCGGAGGGAAAAUACCGCGUGGGAGACUCCAGUCUGCUCAUCUUUGUGCGGGUGCUGAGAAGCCACGUGAUGGUGCGCGUGGGCGGUGGCUGGGACACGCUGGAGCACUACCUGGACAAGCACGACCCCUGCCGCUGCUCCUCCACGGGUCAGUGCCCACGGCGGGGGUGGGGGGGGCAGGCACCUCUGUGGCCCCACCUCUCAUGCGCCGCCCGCCCGUCCUCUCUCCCUGCAGCCCACCGCCCACCCCAGACGAGGGCCCGCACCUUCUCCCCGCAGCGGGUGUCGCCCACCCGCAGCCCCCGAGCUGGUAGCCCAGCCCCCGGGGGUGAGCGCAGGGGCUCCCGCCCGGAGGUGACACCCAUUAGCUUACGCAGCUCAAAGGAGGGGCCCGAGACCCCGCUCAGGAUCCGGGACCAGCUGCCCCCCCAUCCCCGCUCCCGCCGCUACUCCGGGGACAGCGAUUCCUCAGCCUCCUCAGCCCAGAGCGGCCCCCUUGGUGCCCGCAGUGAAGACUCAGGCACUGGCCCCCGACGGGAACGGCCCAGCCGGCGGGUGACCACAGGCACUCCGGCCUCCCCGAGACGCCCCCCCGCCCCCCGCAGCCAGUCCCGAGACCGGCUGGAUAGGGGGCGGCCGCGUGGGGCCCCAGGAGGCAGGGGAGGCCAGCUGUUGGGCCCCAGCCCUGCCCGGCGGGCCCGGAGCCAGAGCCGUGAAGAGCAGGCUGUGCUGCUGGUGCGUCGGGACCGAGAUGGGCAGCACUCGUGGAUGCCACGGGGCAGGAGCAGCCCCCAGACUCCCCGUGCCCACAGCCCCGCAGCCCCCCGGCCUCCCCGGGUCCCCAUCUCCAGUCCAGAGUUGAGCACCACCCCAGCCAGUGUCUUCCGCACCCCCCUGCAGCUUGACCCAAAGCAGGAGCAGCAACUAUUCCGGCGCCUGGAAGAGGAGUUCCUGGCCAAUGCCCGAGCCCUUGAGGUUGCUGCUGGCGGGACCCCCACUGGACCAGCCCCUGACCUGGUUCGGGCCCCAGACCCUCCAGCUCCUGACUCAGCCUACUGUUCCUCCAGCUCCUCCUCUUCAUCCCUCAGCGUCCUGGGUGGCAAGUGUGGCCAACCCGCAGACUCUGGCAGGAUGCCCAAUGGGCUGCCCGGGCCCCGAGGCCCAGCUCUGUCCAGCUCUUCCGAUGAAGGCAACCCCUGCCCCGGUGUAGGGGGCCCACCAGAUGCACCUGGGAGCCCCAUGGCCGGCCCAGAGCCCCUGAGGACCUGGGCACGAGGCCGGAUGGACACACAGCCAGACCGAAAACCCUCACGCAUCCCCACACCGAGGGGCCCCCGCCGCCCAUCUGGACCCACGGAGACCAGGGCCUGGCAUGCCCUGCACUCAGUCAGCCCAAGGGCUGAGCCGGAUUCCUGGAUGUGAUGGACCAGCCCAGCUGCCCCCAGUCCCCCAUUCCUUCUCCUUUUCCUUUGUGGCCUUAACCCCUCUGCAUCAGGGAGCCCCCCCCCCCCCCCCCCGCCUCUUGGGGACCAGACCUCAUGGGACCAGACCCCUUGGGACCACAUGGCACAACGGGACCUCUGUUGUACAUUCCGGUUGGGGGAUGAGCAUUGCUAUUUAAUUACUAAUAUUAUUGAAUGCCUUAGAGGGGGCUGGGCCAGCCCAAUAAGGACCCUUCCUGAGGUCCUGUGGCCCUGCAGAGCCUGACAGUAAAGUUUUGUUCCAGC